GUGGAAUGAGGAGUUGCAAUGAAUUGUAGAAACAUUUAAGGAUAAUGAUUAGUUUUUUAAUUUUUCUUAUUUUUGGAUAUUUCGGGUGUAUAUUUUGUGAAGAUAUCUAUUUAACAACGAAUGGAACUUACGAAUACACAGUUUUAGAGAACCUAGAACCGUUUUCUUAUAUUUGUGGAGAAAUGAAUUUCCAGAUUCGAGGUAAAAAAAAUGCUUUCAUUGCAUUACUCUCUGGAAAUGACGAUUCAGAGCCUCUAUAUGAAAUAGCAUUUGGAAUAAAGGAUCUGUGUUCAACAAUCAGAAAGGAGAAAGGUGAGCUAAACACCACAUGCCCUCCCAGUGGUCUUGAGGUCUUCAAUUAUUUAGGAGGAACUACAAAUGUAUUCAAAAACUUUACGAUCAGGUGGAACAAUGGCACUAUAUACGCCAAAACACCAUUUAAAUCUAUGACUUUGAAUGACGAUUCUCCUUUACCUGUAAAGAAAAUUGCAGUUACAACAGCAGGUGACGUAUCUGCAGAUUGGCACUUCAACACAGAAGUUUCAAUUCCAGACGGAUGCAAUAUUCCAGUUCAACAAACAACUACCACAGUUGGCGAUAGUACUCAAGAAAACCAAGUCUGCAUGUGUCCAUGUUCGCGGGUCCCGAAUAGUAAAUGGCUCUAUCUUAAAAACUUAAAUCUUACAUUGGAUGAAAUACGAGUGAUUCUUACUGAUGAACUUGAAAAUUUGCGAAAAAAUUUAACAAUCGAUAAGACCAACACAUCAGCAUAUUUACGUACAAAAAUAUCUGCACCAGAUAAUCGUCCUUCUGCAAAAUCGAUUGGUUCAGUCGGCGUACUAUUUCUGGUCACAAUCGUCGUUUUAAUUUUCGGGUCUGAUAUUAUUAAUUUGUUCAAAGCAGCACAACAAAUUUAUAAACGCUGAAUCAAUCAAAAAUAUUGUUGUAAAAUAUCAAUGUGCAGUUUUACUUGGAAAGGCUGAAAUUACCUUGAAUUGACAUCUGCUAAGCAUGUUCAUGCACAAAAUUAACAUGCUGCUAGAUUACUACAAUUCGUACAUAUAUCAUCUGCACUAUUUACCCCGAUCUUUAACAGAAGUACGGUGCUAUUUUCUUUAAAUCAAGUUCUUGACUGCGAAAUAAUAAUAAAAUAUGACAAACGUUUCCCCCAUUUCAAUGCAAAAAGAGAUCUUAGUUAUCUGCAUUUUUGUCAAUUUAUUUUUUCCUACUAAAACUUCUUUGGUAUUGUCAACUUUAAUAUCACAACAACACCUUUUUCUUUACGUCUUUUUUAAUUUUAGAUCCAUUUGAAUGUUUCGUUUCAGUAUUUUAGUCGUUGAGUUGUAUGUAUGUAAUGCACGUUUACACAAUUUUGGCUACUGGAUCCCAAUUACUGUCAAAUCAACCAAUUACGUCUGUUUGGGUUACCCACUCAAUAUAACGGAACUAUGAAUAACUGCCAUAGAAGUGGGAGACUAUACCAAGUCAGAAAUAUGACAGUGAUUGUUUUCUAUUUCCGUGGUUGAUGACGUUUAUUUUUUUUAGUUUUUAAGAAGUUAUGUAAUUUUGUUUUUACUUUUCUACCUUUUUUUAAUAUUGUUGUCAUUUCGACACGUACAGGUCAAUAUACAAAGAUAGACAGGUGUCAAUAAAUAGUAUCAAUUUCUUAAUCGCCCCCUAUUUGUUUUGCAAAAGUUGAAACUUCGCAGUUUGAUCAUUGUAAAUGCAAUAACUAAUCAUUUCGGACCAAAACAAAACUGUUAAAAAGACAUUCAAGUAAAUGAUUUAUUUUUCAAAGACAAAACCUUAUUUUAUUUCAUGCGAGACACAAUUAAAAAGUAUAUAAAUAACACAUAGAUGAGAGUGUGAUAGAGCAGAUUGGUACCCCGAGAAAACAUUGUCAACCGCGGCGAAUGCUUUUUCGAGGGGUACCAAUCUGCUCUAUCACCCUCUCAGCUAUGUGUUAUUUAAUUUAUUAUACUGAAUAUUAUAUCAUUAUUGUCUUUUACAGAUUAAUUUUAUUUUAAAAGUAUUUUUCUAUGACGUCACGUACAUAACAACGUUAUGGGUAUUCGAAAAAACAACAAAAUUAAGCAAGUUUUUUUAAUUUUUUUAUUUUGACAGUUAAAUAAUAAAAUCUGAGCCAAAAUGUAAAACUUAAGCACUGUAUUCAAUAACUUGAUGUAAAUUCAAUUCAUUGUCUUUUAAAUUGUCGAUUUUGAUUGGUCUGGACGAGAGGGUAACAUUGAAAAAAAUUGUCACCCUCUCAGCUAUGUGAUAGAGUAAAUUAACACCCUCGUAUAAGCCAAUCAAAAUAUUGCAUUUUAACGUGAAGUAUAAUAAUAUUAAUUAUCAUAUCACCUGCUUAUGGCAAUUGAUAUUAUACUUUGAUUGCAGUAUAAUAACAUUCAAUUAACUUGGCCACACGUGUAACUAAAUAUUGUCUUAUCGUUUGUGCACUCUAUCCGUUUAGCUAAUGUUGCUACAAGGCAGCCCUCUCACCCGCAAAGUGGAAAGGGGUUAAUAUAAGUUGCAAUACAUGUUUCCCAAUCCACUAUAAAUAAAUUUAUUUAAACUAAACUAUCCGUUUGGCGCAACCAAAAUAAAGUAAAGCAAAAUGCUUAGAACAUUUAAUGACAUCAAAACAAAAACACAGCAAGCUGUGGUAUCUUUUGUUUUAAGUUGAAGAGUAUUGCGAGCUUGCUAGUCAAAUUAUUGCAGUGUCUAUCGUACUUGUCUUUACUCAAAUUAAGGAUACGUCACAGAUACGAUUUAAAAAAUGAGAUAACAAUCAAACAAAUUUAAUGCAACAGACUCACUUGAAGUUUUGCAAAAGGACACGGCAAGUUAGCAACACUACGCAUGGUUUAUGAAGGAAUUGGAAGAUUUCCUCUGGAGGUAAAGGUGAAAGUUAGAUUGAUUUUAUAUAUUGUUAAACUGUGAAUAAUGCAUCAAAACUUUGUUCUUUAUUGUAUAGAUUUAUGCUUUAAAGCCAAUUACAUAACUAAACCUUAAAUGGGAUAAUUCUGUACUGGCAUUGAAUUAUAAUCAAAUGGGCUACUCUUGUAAAUUGUUCAUACUUUAUAAUCAGAGAGUUAAAACGUGGUAUACUGAUAUAAAAGUUUGAUGACAUGGACGAUUUAAAUUGAUGUCGAAAUAAAAUUCUUUAGAAAGCUUCCUUACCUUCAUAUAUAAUUUAGGCAUUGGAUCACAUAUUUUAAGGAAAUUCACAUGUUUGUCUCCCAUACGAAAUUUGAAGAAGAUAAAAUUUACCGAAAUAGAGGAGUUCGCUUCUCGUUUUUUAAAUAUAUUUUUUUUUAAACACUAGUUUAUAUUGAUAGGGGAUAAAUAAAGGAAUUAAAAGAGAAAACAAAAUAUAUAUGUCAAUGUGCUUGUUUUGGAGAUAUUAGCCAUUGAAAUUUUGGCGGGAAAAUGUUCUCUCAUGACUUUUCGUAGCUUUAUCACUGACAAGUUUAAGUUCUCAAAAAGAAUUAAAAUUUUAUAGGACUUUUACAGAUGGCUUAUCAUUAAACAUGUAACAGAUUUAUGAAAAGAAAUAGGGGGUCAAUGGACAAUUUGUUAAAGGUUUUCAAAUGGAUAAAACUAGAGGAUUCUGAAAAUCUGACAAAAAUUCGAAAACAUUACAAGCAAACAUCCUUAAAGUUUUAUUGUUUACCUACCUACGUUACAGUGAAUCCUAAUAAAAGGGACUGCUUUCAAUAUAUAGUGAACACCUGUGUAUGCAAUUUUCUGUGUUUAUCAAAAAUGUUAACAAGUGUUGAAAUGUUUUUAUAUGUAAUUGUUAUUUCCACAUUUAUGAAUUUAUUGA